AUGCAAAUCAAAGGCCGAGUCUUCUACAUCACCGGUGGAGCGUCCGGCCUGGGCGCUGCGACGGUCGCGCACCUUCACACUCUCGGUGCAUACGUCGCCAUCAUGGACAUCAACUACUCGGCAGCGUCGUCUCUGGCUUACACACUCAACUCUGGCAACGCCAAUCAACGAGCUGCAGCGUUCGAAGUGGAUGUGUGCUCCGAAUCUGCUGUCGCUUCCGCUAUUGCAUCGUGUGAUUCGCUGUGGCCAUCGGUUCAAGUCGGAGGGUGCGUCAACUGUGGAGGUGUCGGAAUGGCUGGUAAGAUCAUCGAUCAGUCCGGUACACCCUUUGAUCUCGAGACUUUCCGCAAGACGGUUGAGAUCAACUUGAUCGGGACCUUUAAUGUCUCGCGUCUCACCGCUGCGCGUCUUGUCCGCGAUCUGCCUCGACCGUUCCCGAAACCAACCGAAUCCACCGAAGAUCUUGGUGUGAUCAUCAACACCGCCUCUGCAGCAGCGCUCGAAGGUCAAGCGGGCCAAUGCAGCUAUUCCGCUUCGAAAGGAGGUGUAUUGGCAUUGAGUCUUCCCAUGGCCAGAGACCUGGCUUGGUUCGGCAUCAGAGUCAUGACGCUUGUACCGACGCUGUUUGAAACACCCAUGAUGACUCAAUUGCCCGGUAGGGCGCGAGCCAAGAUUCUGACCCAGUGCGAGUACCCAGCGAGGUUCGGUAAGCCAGAAGAGUUCGCUUUGAGCGUACAGGCCAUCAUCGAGAAUCCAAUGCUCAACGGAUCGUACAUUCGCUUGGAUGGCGCUUCAAGACUCGGCAAGCUUUAG